UGAAGCUCGCCACUGUUUUUACCGCAAGAAACGUUUCUUCCAUCACAAACUCUCCUUACCUUUUCCGCAUUUACAUCUAUUUGUUACAUUUCACUUCGUGUUCGCUCUCUCUCCACACUACCUACAUAAAUUUGGUUUUGUCGCUUUCGCGUCCGCUGGUCCAGACGGGUUAUCCAUACUUUUCAUAACAUCGAGCGUAUUCAACCAACAACCCACAUUUCCCCUUCCUCGUCAUCAUGAAGUUUACAGCUGCCGUUUUCGCCGCCGUCGCAUCGCUUGCUUUCGUCAAUGGCCAGGACUUAACGGGCAUUCCUUCUUGUGCCUUAUCCUGCUUCGCCGUCGCUGUCCCAGCAUCCGGUUGCUCCCUCACGGAUACCAAAUGCCAAUGCACGACGGGCCAGCAGAAGAUCACCGAUUCCGUCUCUGCCUGCGUGCCAUCCAAGUGUUCUGCCGAGGACCAAGCUAAACUCGUCCCCGCCGUCGAAGCCCUCUGCGCCAAAGCCGGCAUCACCGUUACCAAUCUCCCCACCACCGUCCCUUCUGCCUCCGGCGCUGCAAACAACAACGCCACUGUCACCAGUACCAGAUCCUCUAGCGCGAGCGCAACGGGCAGUGGGGCGGCCCAACAGACGACGGGCGCUGCGGUUGUGAAUACGGUUGGUUUGGGUAGCGUGCUUGCGGUCGGUUUGGCGGCUGUUUUGGGGUUGUAAAGCAGUACAAUUAGGGUUGGGGGGGAAGAUGAUAGGAACGUAGGGGAGUGUCGAGGUAGGAUAGCAUUGGGAAAUUGGUCGAGGAAGGGGGGUAAGGAGGAAAUACACUUUUUCUGCAUUGGGCGGGGAUACUAGCUUUGGAAUGAUCUGAGAGUACUUCACUGCAUGAGAUUUUGGAUUGAAACCGGUCUAUUUCGAAAAUGUUGCAUGGCAGAAUUUAUCUUGAUUUGAUCAAGGUCCUGG